AGCCCUGCGUACGCAAAACGCGCCCAUUCGUCACAAACUCGUCUCUCUGAAAAAGAACAAUUCAGUACGUGUACAAGUACAGCUCUCUUCGUCACUCUCUCAAAGCUCAAACCAAUUACCGCUUUCUCUUCCUCUUUGCUUUAAGUUCUUAGACCAAAAAUGGAACAAGGCUACGUUCCGACGAUCCUGGUGACCAACGACGACGGCAUCGACGCGCCAGGCCUGCGAGCCCUGGUUCGCGCCAUCGUCUCCACGGAUCGCUACAAUGUUCAAGUCUGCGCUCCUGAUUCGGAAAAGUCAGCUGUUAGUCAUGGCAUCACUUGGCGUCACCCAGUCUCUGCCAAACGAGUAGAUAUUGAUGGAGCAACAGCCUUUGCGGUUUCCGGGACUCCGGCUGACUGUACUUCUUUGGGAAUCUCCCAAGCACUAUUUCCUAUUAUUGCUGAUCUGGUAGUCAGUGGCAUAAACAUGGGCAGCAACUGUGGUUAUCACAUCGUUUAUUCUGGCACAGUAGCUGGUGCUCGAGAGGCCUUUUUCAAUGGUUUACCUUCUGUGUCUAUAUCAUAUGACUGGGUUGGGGGUAAGAGUAAUAUUCAUGACUAUACACUUGCUGCUGAGGCCUGUUUACCAAUCAUAAGUGCAAUUCUGGCUGAGGUCAGGAAUCAGACUUAUCCUCAAAGAUGUUUUCUGAAUAUAGAUCUACCGACAGAUGUUGCUAAUCAUAAGGGGUAUAAGCUGACUAAGCAGGGUAAGGGUAUGUUCAUGAUGGGAUGGAAGCAAGUUACUUCUAACAUGGAAGGAGGAAAAAUGUUAUCAACUAUGACCAUGGAGGCUAACUCAGAAGAAUCGGCAGAAACUGAAUCUUCAAGUUUGUCGCCAGAACAUCUUUUGUUCAAGAGGGAAGUGAGGGGUGCCCAAAUUGAAGAUGAUGAUACAGACCACAAAUUUCUUUUGGAAGGAUAUAUUACUGUCACUCCUCUUGCAGCCCUCUCGCCUGCAGACAAAGACUGCCAGGCCUUCUUUCAAGAUUGGCUGCCAAGUGUGGCUGGACGUCCCUCUUCAUCAGCCUUAUAAUGUGGAUUAUUCAUUUUAAUCCUAUUGAAAGGGCGAACUAAACAAAGUACUGCUCAAAUAAUUCCUUUGGAUUCUUCUUCCAGAUGCUAUCAUUGUUUCACUGCCUUCUAAUUGCCAAGGUUUGGUUGUGUUUCUGCCGAUAUCACUGUUAAGAACAUCCGAAAGGCUUUUCCAAACCCACCUUAAUUUGUAUGAUUAAGUGGGAAAUAGACUUUCUUGAAUCUGUUACAUUUCAAUUGAUUAGUUUGAUAGCCGCUUUGACUUAUUUAAAUUUACGAAUAACCGCCAAAUUAUUUCCCAUCUA